CUGCUUCAUUAAUUCAAGCACCAGAACAGGUUCACUCCAGCCCUGAAGAGUUGCAGUGUCCGCUGGUUAUUCUGUGUUUCAAGACCAUUUCAGAUCUUGAUUGGCUUGUUCUCAAGGCUUUAAUUGGCUACUGGUCAACAGGAAAUUGCAAAUACCUGCAGGCACUAUGGCUUUGCUUGAUUGCUUUUUGCAGUGGUGCUCACCAUUGCUGUUGGAGAGUGUGGUCGGUUUUAGUUUUCACCUUAAAAUCAGCAAGUGGCUCUGACCUAGAAACCUAGGGAGCUUUGCGCAUGCUGAAAACAUUUGGUCUGGUUGGCAGGUUGUACUGCUAGAAUAUGGCUCUUCGACAUGUUUUAUGGACCCUCUUGCUUUGUAAUGUGUUAACAUGCAGCAUAUGUGGUGUUCAGAAAGUCAGCAGCUACGGCGCUGUCCAAUAUCACAGUGCCGCGGGAAGACCUGAGCCCCCCUCACGCCCGCGUCCCCGCAGCCACGCACACGCUACUGCAUUCCAACCCGGGACCGCCGUCAAGGGUGGAGGCGCACCCUACAGCCCCCUCUCUCAGGAAAAUCAACAGUCCAGAGUUUUGCACGACCAGAGGGAAGAGGUCCAGCGUCACGCCGUCGCUGCCCUAGGUGAAGCUGCCCCCGUCAUCCGGGAGCAGGUGAAGCUGAUCCCCGUCUUCCAUGGCCGCCCUGACCCGAAUGCCGCUCGGUCGCAAGUGAUCCAGUUCGGGUCUGCCCAGACUGGGAGUGCGUCCCGUGUAGUUGACCAGCUGUUGAGUGGCUAUAGCCCGGCUGGAGGAGGAGGCACGCUGGGGGGCGUCGACAGCCACGUCCCCGCCCAGAGGAGGCCCGGCCACAGUCGUCCCACCAUCUUCGGUUCCAGGCAGAGCACAGGCACCUCUUACAGUUCCCAUUACAACUCGGCAAGUACAGGCCCCAGUCACGUUACCUCUGAAAUGGUAGUCCGGAGGGACCAGGACUUGCCUGCGAGAUAUCUGGCCAUGGGACACUUUACACCAGGUGGCGAUACCCUCCACAAACCUACCUCAACCCCAUAUGUGAAUGCCAAUGCAGCUGAGGGCUCCUUUUUCUCUGGUCAGAGAAUCCCCCACAAACCUGCUCAAAUCUUAAAUGCGGCUAAUUUGGGCACGCGCUACUCUGGAACUCGCCGCUACGGUACAAACGUAAAUACAGCUCAUUUGGACACGCGCUACUCUGGAACCCGCCGCUACAUUCAAAGCUUAAACACGGCUUCUAGUUCUGUCCUGAAGGUCCCCGGUGGCCAUGAAGCAGGCUCAAGGGCAGGCAGUUCAGAAACGGGCCACCGAACCUACACCCAAGAUCGUAAUGUCGCUUCUGGCUCUGAAGUUAAGUUCCCCACCAGAACUGUUCAGUUUAUGCCAGGUGGAGCCGCUCCUUCCUCUAGUUGGGGGUCCUCCUCUCGCUUUGACGCCAGCCUGGUCAGACCAGACACGAGCUCCACUGGGUCGGUGAAGGGUGGGAGUGGCUCGGCGAGCCACAGGCAGGGCUCUUCCACUGGGUCGGUGAGCCACAGGCAGGAGUCCUCCACUGGGUCGGUGAAGCGUGGGAGUGGCUCGGCGAGCCACAGGCAGGACUCCUCUCAGCACAGCUACAGCAGGCCUGCAGGCACUGGCACAUAUGCAGGCUACACCAGGAUAUCUGGUUCUGCCGUUGCCCAAUACAGCGCCACCUCCAGACCCAUCUACAUUCAGCCUGCCCCAAGUGGAAGUGCCCGGAGGCACUAUCGAUGUGCAGGGAUGGGAUGCAACCCUACAGGCCACAAGCAAGUCCUGUCCCUACUCUGGAAAAGAUAAAGCGGCAGGUGAACAUGGUCAGCUGUUGUGGAAUGUCGUUGACGUCCUUUCAAACUACGCUUCAGUUUUUUUUUUUUUUUUUUUUUAAGGCAUUUAGUUUGACGUUUCCUGACUUUGGUAUGGUAUUUUGUACUUGUCAAAUUUUACUGCCAAUAAAAUUAAAUGCACACUUAAGUGAUGUCCUAUAGUUACACUGUUGUCUCAGUUCAUACCAGACAGGAGCUCAUGCUCAUUUACAAUUGUGAGUUUAAAGCACAAAAGAUCUGACUUAAAAUAUUUGGUCUUUUAAAAUGAUUUUUUAAAGCGAAGGCCACUGUACUUAUUUACACUCACAUUUGCAGAAUUAAGUCGUCAAAUUCUGGGGACAUUCUUUUUUCCAAAAGGUGCCAACAAACCACAUUUUACACAUACUGCUUAUAAAACAAAACAUACAAGUAAAAUAGAACCAGUAUGCUCAUGCUGAUACAUCAUACUUGUUCACCUAAUUCAACGCUGGCUACUUCCUAUCCUAUAUUACAAAACCAUGCGCACAGAUGGCAGUAUAGGGAUUUGACAAAUCGAAUACACGGAAUUUAAAAUCGAGAGAAUGGAUUUCUUUUUCGAUGCUGUCAUACUGCACCUUUAAAUAUGAAUGUCUAUGGUCCGUAGCAUAGAUAAAACAUAGUGGUCACGUUGAAGGAAGUGGACUUCCGCGCAUGUGUAAUGUGUAAUGGAGGCACGUUCAACUGGAGUUCUUCGACUAUUGCUUUAAUUUAUUUAAACAGAGUACGCCCUCAAGACGUAUUUGAGUUGUGAAAAUACUUUGAUCCAAACGGGCGAUAACUAUGGAGGCCAGUAGUGAUGCUGAGGAGGUGAAAGUGGUGACGGAGAGCAGUUCCCCUGAUUCGGACGGCUACCCUCAUUCCCCCGGGAUGGAUCGAAACCCCUCCCCCCCACCCAGCCAGGGGUCAGAGCCGGAGGUGGAGAGUGAUUCCAUCGGGGAGACUCUGUACAGCAAACACUGGCUCUUCAGCACCCUGACCAGCCUCAUCCAGACUGUGACUGAGCAGGAGGCUGGAGACCCCGAUGCCGAGGUGGACCUGUCUGAGGAGGAAGAGGAGAAACUGUGUAAAAUCUGGGACAUGGCUAUGGACAAGGAUGUGGCUGGCCUACUACAGGAGUUCAAAGCCUCAGAUAUCUUGCUAGGCGCGAUUGCCAAGUCACGAAGUCCAAGGCUCACGGAGAUUUGUGUGGGAAUCUUGGGGAACAUGGCCUGCUUCCCUGAAACGUGUCUGUCCAUCAGCCAGAAUGAGGAUCUGGGGGUGGUGCUGUUGCUUCUCCUGGGGGAUUCAGACCCUCCAACAAUCUUGGAGACAAGCAGAUUGCUGCUGACAUGUCUGGCCCAGCCCAGUGUCGCCCCCAUCUGGUUGGAAAGGGUACAGCAGCAAGCGUCGGUGUGUCCCAGUCUGUGUUUCAUCAUGUGCAGCUCCACUAACGUGGAUCUGCUGGUGAAGGUGGGGGAGCUGGUGCACAAGCUGUUUGACCUGGAUGAGGAGCUGAUGAAGAGCUGGGUCUCUGCACGCCCCAGCGAGGCGGAUACCGGCAGCCAGCUGCACAUCGCCCCCUCUCUGCUGGAGGCUGCCAAACAAGUCAGGCUGGAGAGUACUGAAGGUCUGGAGGUGUACCUGCAUGUUCUUCAGCUACUCACAACUGUGGAUGAGGGAGUGCAGGCUUUGGUGGAGCUGGCUGGUACUGGCGAGGAGGUGUGGGCAGCGCUGUGCGAGGUGGUGUGUGAGGAUCUGUGCCAGCCAGACGACCCCCCCGUCGUCCUGCAGGAGCAGAAGGGGCGUCUUGCCCCCGCCCUGGCCGUGCUCUCCACCCUGUCUGCCUGCCCGGACCAGGAGUACAGCCAAACCCACCGCAAUCUGCCUCUGCUUGGGACCCUGCUGCGAGUGCUGCAGUUCCUUAGUGAGUGCCAGCAGAGGGCGAGAGAGGGCCAGGGUGAGGCGAGCUCGGGAAACGGAUUGAAAGAGGAAAAUGACGAGCAGAUGUUGGCCUUGAGGGAGACGACUGUGGAGUUCCUGGCCAGUAUGCUCACAGACAUGACCAAGGAUGCCAUGUCCGAGUUGCUGAAGAAGGGGCAUCUCAGUGAACAAACCUGCCUCGCUGCAGCUCGGAGUUUAUUGCCUGAUCACAGAUCUGAGGUGCAGCACAUGGCGGCCUUGCUGUCGGAAGCUCAGUCCAGUCUAGCAGACGCGCUGAGACGGAACUUUCCGGACCUGAGCUCCUGAGGGUGGCGGGUAGCCCCGUUCUCUCCCCUCCCAGCAAGGAGGGGCACUCUGGGGCCCCUGUGCGAUCCGCAGAUAUCUCCCGGACCCCCUGGCAUCUCCGUGGGCAUCUCAAUGGCCAGCCCUGCAGGGCGUGGCAGUACCUAGGUGGAAAGCACUCCCCAGAAAAAGCACCCACCCCACCCACCGUUUAUCCCGCAGAUACGCCCCCCCCCGAAUUUCUCUUAACUCCCCUCAUCCUGCAGAUCAGGUGACCUGUGCAGUGAGGUGCGGAGAACAGCCCAUUCCCAACUGCGUCCCGAAUCUUCAGUCCUCCGCAAUCCCAAGCCAAGGGCAAAAACCUGAGGCACAGGCGGAUUGCAUUCUGGGAGUUCAGUGCGCAUGCAGACGCACGCAUGCGCGGACACACGGACCUGCUCACACACACACACACGCGCGCAUACUCACUGUAACAUACCGCAGAAUGCUCCUUUCGAUUAAUGGAGUUCUUUGCGAGUCGAUUGGUCAACAGGGGACAACGGAAGUCUAUCCCACCGGUCGAAGUCUCAGACUUUGGGGUCCCCGCUCCCAUUUUCUACGUAAUGCUGUCAACGUUAAAAAUCAGCGGACGGUUGAACUGGUAGUUGUUUCCCCUCUUGGAUUUUAGUCUGGAAGUUGACCUGUCCGUUUCACCCCCAAUGGGCAAACAACCAGUGCUAAUAGCCAUCCACCACAACUCACCACAGUCCCCACUACUGGAGACCCAUUGCAUUUGCUGGCUUAGGUUUCUAGGUUUCCUUCUAUGAUCCGGGGUCUGGUUCCCUCCCAAGCUGGACUACAGUUAAAGAUUUUCACAAACCUGCACAGUCCGCAGCUGCAGACUGUGGAUUUAUCAUAAACGUCAGUUAAACGAAACGACUGGGCUGGCAUGAAAUCCCGAAACGGAUCGGCCCUUGCUCGCCCCACUCGGCAUCGCACCUUCCAUGGCGAAACUGAGCCGGUUCCCAGGCUGGCCUUUCUCCUGUUUGUUGAAGUUGUUCCUUGUAGGAUUGCCAAAAGAACACAUUUGUUUGCAGUGUGUGCAUACAAAAUGUAUUGGCCUUGCUAACAAAGCUUUUGUGUAAUUAAAAGUUUCAUAGUGUU